CGAGUUUCCCGCCGGAACAUUUUAUUUACAGGCCUACUUCCUGUCCCACCCACACCGUCGUGUCGUUUCCUGGUGGUGGAGAAGCCGAAGCAAGGCAGUAGCGAGCGAGCGAGCGAGACUCAUCCAGGCGAGCCGACGUUCUCCCGACGCUGUAAACAAAAGUCAACUCGGCGGUCAGCGUUCAACGACACUUUCGGCGGAAAGACAUGCAUAUCAAGACAGGUACAUGGGAGGCCAGUAACACUGUGUGCGAGUCCGAUACCCUGUGCGACCCGGCGGUCCUGGUAGCGAGCGCCAACCCCGAGCCCCACAUCCGAAACCGUCGCCUGUCGCCCGGCAAUUGCGGCGGGGGCGGAGGAGGCCGCGUUUCGCCCGACCUGAUCGGACCGGGUUUCCGUCGAGAGAAGGAGCGCAAGGGCCCACAGUACAAAGGACGCGGAAUUCGGCGAGAGGGUAGCCAGAAGGGGCUGAACCGGGCCCAGAAGGAGAGGUGGGUGGAGGACAGUCUGUCGCUGCUCAAGCCCCCGCCCGCCUUCCCGGUGCAGGACAGUCCCGCCAAGCUGCAGCCAGCCGUCAGCUACGCCUCCAAGGUCAAGGCCAAAACUUCGAGCGGCGUGCUGGAAGACGAACGCCCCGCCAUCGGUGUUUUGCUCCAGAACCAAUGGGGGCUGAGUUUCAUCAGCGAAGCCCGGCCCGUCCAGGAGGGCGCGGACCCUCGCCCCGACGACGACUCCCUCGCGCCGGUCGACACGCCCCUCGCCGUCCGGCCCUUCGCUACCUCCGCCCCGGCCCCGCGCCACCUCCAGAUGGACGCGCGCAACGGGGAGCUGCUACUCAGUUGUCGUCACCUAGUGGAGGCGCUCAACUUCCACAAUAGAGAAUGGAAUGCAAUUUGCAACAAACAGAAGAAAGAUCCAAAAAGAGUUAUGUGGUACAAGGACUUCCAGGAGCACCCGGCCUAGCAGCGCACGGCCCCCCGAAAGCAUCUACAACACAUACACGCGACUGCACACACACACGUAAAAUCAACAUGCGCCUUCAUGCACAUUAAAAACACACAGACAAUUGUUGGAGUCCCCUCUCACACACUGCACUCAGGAUGAUGUCUUCAUGCAAAGCCACACUGAGACACUUUGGACUAACUCCUUUUUGAGAUCUUACAGCAAUGACUUUUUUUUUUUUUUUAAUCGCCUUAUUAAAAAGUCUGCCUUAAGUAAUCAGACCGUUUUUCCAUUGCCCCCUUAUGAGUUUUAGCUUGUAUGUGUGAGAGCGGGUGUCCCCCCUUUCUCCUUUAAAGAGCUGUAAUUGAAUUUGUUGUCCCUUUUUUUUUUUUUUUUAACUGUCCCGUGUAAAGCGAGUGGUCAAUCAAGCACUUUGUUAAAAAGAUAAAUCUGUUCAAAACUACACGGUGAUGUUUUUUCGCCCGACUCCAUUUUUUUGAGACGUCUUAUACCUGCUAAAGUUUUACUGUUAAAUGUCUCUUCGGUUUACAAAAGGGGUGGAUUCAAAGGCACAGUGGAAUUUCCCCUUGUCGCCCUGUCAGAUCUUAAUGCUGUUUGUUGAAAUGUUUGCGUUCUAAUCAGAUGAAUGUUGCUCAUGACUUCAUAAGGGAGCUCAGUGUUCAAUAUGUUGAUUUUUGAAUUUGGAAAAAUUACACUGGAGGAGGAAUGUACGUAAACAGUAUUGCUUAAUAAAAGUGAAUAAACUUGA